UCACGUAACAAGGUUUAUUUAAAAUAUUUUCACACCAUCUGGCCUGGAAAAAGACAACAGGAGCAUUAUUAACAGCGUUUACUCUUCCUAAACAAAUGCUAUUCAAAAUGCUGUGAGUCACGACACAUUUCUGUGAUUGCAGCUAAUUCACAAAACACUGUAGGCUUUGACCAAGACAUAAGGUCACAUGUAGUGAGCAUGUGAACGUUACAUUUUCACCCUGGUGGAGUGCCAACAGUGCAACUAGCAACUUGUUCUCUGUUGCUCUUCUGCAGCCCCAGUAGGAGGCGGUCCAUGACAUCUGGAGAUUGUAAGACAGGGAGGGAUCUAGACAGCUCACAAUGUUAGCAAUCACAUAAUGUGAACACACAGGUCACAAACUUUAAGAUUAUAAGAUUAUGCAGACAUUUGCAUAAUCUAAGUUUCCCUACCACAAGAUUGCAAUAAUGGUGUAACAAAUGGCCAGUUUAGUUUCUGUGAUGUCAUAUCAGCUCUGUCCAAUUCCACAGCCAACCAGUAGCUGGCCAGAGGACUCUCCUCCAUUGUGACAUCACAAACUCAGCUGGCUGUACUGUCAGCCAACACAUUUCGUUCCAUGGUUGGGACACUGACAGCUCUAUUGUACUUUUCCUCUAACAGAAAUGAAAACUACAUCUAAACUGGACUCUAACUUGACCCAAUCUAUGAGGAAUUUGGGAAAGACAAGCAUAUGGAUGAGCAUCUUUCCUGUCCAAACAUGGAGAAACUGGAAGGAUAGCACAGAACCACAGGGCGCAGAUCCCAUGCUAAUGUAAUUCAGAGACAGCUCAGGUAAAGGAAAGCAACCAAGAAGAUCAGAGCAAAGUACAUACUGCAUCUGGUGAAAUAUCAUACGGUCUGCUCUGGAGUCCGGAUCCACUUAAAAACAGCUUUCAGCCCUGCUUUCAAGCCUCCCAUCUCUAAUUACCAGACCCUGGGACCGUGAGAAGGCCUCCAGUCAUGUCCGUUACCAUGUCCACAUUCCGUUUUGGACAGCAUAUCAUCAAGGCCUCAGCAGUGUUUCUGCAGACAGAGUUGUCCUUCGCCCUGGUCAACAGGAAGCCUGUGGUCCCUGGACAUGUGUUGGUGUGUCCACUGCGGACCGUUGAGCGUUUCCGUGAUCUGCGUCCGGAUGAGGUGGCAGACCUUUUCAUCACAACACAGAGAGUGGCUGAUCUAGUGGAGAAACACUUCCAGGCCUCAUCCCUCACCAUCGCCAUACAGGAUGGCCCUGAAGCCGGACAAACUGUGAAGCAUGUUCACGUGCACGUGCUUCCCAGAAAGGCAGGUGACUUUGAGAAAAAUGACAAUGUCUACGAUGAGCUCCAGAAGCAUGACCGUGAUAAUGAGGACAUCACCUCGAUGUGGAGAACAGAGGAGGAGAUGGCAGCUGAGGCUUUACAUCUAAGAAAACUGUUCAGCUAAAUUCUCCAGUAAAUUCUCUGAUCAAGUAGGCCGGCGGUUCCCAUACAUUUUCUCUUGGAUCCCCUUUCACAAUAUGGUUUCACAACCAAACCCUCCCCAGUAUUUGGGAACCACUGAAGUAGGCUACAUUUACAAUGUUUUGCCAUAAUGUUAAAUGUGUUGCUAAUUAGUGAUUUUGUUGAUUGUUAUAAUUUAUUUUGUCAGAAUCUCAAUUAUAACAUCCCAAAAGGUUCCAAGUGAUAUUGAAGUAACUGUUUUGUUGUUAUUUCACUUAUUAAACAUGUUUGUAAGACUUACAAGUGUUUUUAUAUUUCAUGAGUGUCAUAAUAUUACAGUAUGCUCUAUGAUAUUGAGUUAAAUGUUGAACAAUUUAGUUUGUUCAUUCACCUUGCAUCAGCUGUUAAUCCCCCCUCCCCCCACAUCAGUGCUCAUAACAACAGUUCAACUUAACCCCACAGUCAAUCACAGCUAUGAAGGAGAACAAAAAAAUAAAGGGAUGAUGAAGGGAACAUGUGGUUAAUAAAGAGGAGCAGCUGCUCUGCGAUCUGUUAAAUUGUUGAAUCUGAUUUAGCAUGCCACAGGAAACGACAAGCCUGAUAAAGAGUCAUCUAUAGGCAAUAGAUCGGUUUUCAUGUUGGAGGUCAUGAUAUUGUGGUGAUGAGCACAUCGAUUGAUAUUGCUAGUUUUGCUUCAUAUUUGUUAAGUAUCUGAUUUAGAAAAAAACGUUUGCUCCUCAUAAUAAUCUGUGGAAUAACAUUAGGAUGUACCAUAUCAUGAAAAGCAUUAAUUAGCCUAACAUGGUCUUUUCAUCAGAAAUGUUUACACAUCCUUUCCACGUCAACUAUUAAAUGCAUGAUACCAUUUCUUAUGCGACUGAGGUUUGAUACAAUGUUUGGUACAAAAGAUUUACAAAAGGAAAUGGUGGGAUUGUAAUUCAAAAAUUUGUAAACAUUCAAUAAUGUGUCAUUGCAAUUGAAAUAAUAAAAUAAUGUCCACUG